UUGAAGGUAUAUAAGAUAUGCACUACGGCGGCGGCGGAGGAUCGUACAAACGCAGUGUGGCGACGGAGGCGUCGGAGCGGAUAGAGAGAAUGGCGUCGGCGAGCGCGGUGGUGAUAUUCAGUAUGAGCAGCUGCUGCAUGUGCCACGCGGUGAAGCGGCUCUUCUGCAGCAUGGGCGUCAACCCGACGGUAUACGAGAUCGACCAGGACCCCAAUGCCAAGGACUUGGAGAAAGCCUUGAAGAAGAUAGCACAGGCAGCUGCCCAAUCCCAAUCCCAGUCCGAAUCAGCCCAAUUCCCCAGCAGCAGCAGCAGCAGCUCCGGCGUCCCCCUCGUCUUCAUCGGCGGCAAGUUGGUGGGUGCUAUGGACAGCGUCAUGGCCUCCCACAUCAGCGGCGCCCUCGUCCCGCUUCUCAAGGAGGCUGGCGCCCUCUGGCUUUAAUACUGCAUUUCUAAUUCAUUCAUUCCUUCAUAUAUAUAUACUUCAAUUAUAAUAAUAAACACACGCUC